UGAAAGUCUCUCACUUCAGCUGGGCUUCUUCGUUCUUCUUCCUUGUCUGCCUCUAUUGCAGCUCCAGAAGUCCGUUGCUCGCCCGGUCGAUCGUCAUGGCCACCACGAAGACCCCUCUCGAAAGCGUCAAGGCUUGUUGGGCGAGAAUAUCUCGGGGCUCGCCUUUGUACCAAAUGCUGCUCUCGGAUGUCGUCUUCCUCAGUGCUGAGGAAGGCUCCAUGGUCGCGACUCUCAAACUCACUCCCAACCACCUGAACUCGAAAGGUGGUAUCCAUGGCUCUGUUUCGGCAACGAUUGUCGACUGGGCAGGAGGUAUGGCUAUUGCCACCACGGGACUUGAGCAGACGGGUGUGAGCACAGAUAUUCACGUAUCUUACGUGUCAAGCGCCAAGUUGGGCGAGACCGUGACGAUAGAGGGCAAGACAAACAGGGUGGGAAGAAACAUGGGUUUCACCGCAGUCACAAUCUACAAAGGCGAGGGCGAGAACAAGAGCGUUGUUGCGCAUGGCACUCAUACCAAGUAUAUCCUUCGCGAUCAGCCCCCCAGCAAGUCCUCCUGAAAAGGAACGCAGCUGCGACACAACGUCCAUAAAAGGCUGGCAAUGGCUGCCGUGACCUUUUCCAGGACCACACCCGGCUUCUUCUUUGCAUCAGGCAUCAAAUACUCGAUUGUGCUAUGA